AUGGGGGAAGGCCCCAUACUUGGAUACGAGAAAAAUCCUCCAGGGGACGAAGCCAAGGCAAAGUCUCGGGCCAGGUCCGGGGGUUCCAAGGCGGUCGUCUCUCCUCCUCCUCCUCCUCCUCCUCCUCCUAGGAAUGUGGGUACUCCCUCUCAGCCUAUCCUUAUUUCCUCCUCCUCGAGUUUGGCUCGACCACUCCCUUCUGCCCAAUUGCUCUCCGAGCCGGAGAAGAAGAGGCGCAAGACUUCAGAGUCUGGCCCUUCUUGGGAAGGUGGUGUUAAGGCGGAUGCUCAAGCAUUCGUCCGAAAGAACAUCUAUCCUCUGAUACCCAUGGAUGAUGCUUCUGUUCGGAGCCACCUUACCGCCCUGGCCGAGGAGAGCUUUAGGGCGGCGGGAGUUUGUGGCAAACUCUUGGAUAUAUUCGAGAAGACUCCCCUCAGCUCCUUGGGGACUUCCUCAAAGGUUGCGGAGUUAGAGGGGAGGCUUCUCUUAUUUGAAAAGCAUCAAGAGGAGUUGAAGGAGGAGAGGGAUAAGUUGAGGAAGGAGAGAGAUGUCCUCCGGGAGAAGGAGAGCCAGCUGCGAGCCCAAUGUACCAUGGAGGUCAGGGUUAUAGCCCCCGACUUGGAUCUUUCUCCAUUACAUCCUGACAAAGUGGUGAUUGACGGCGCCAUUGUUGAUCCUCCUCCACCCGAGGUCCUUUCCGAGUCAGAUCUAAAGACUCGGGGGCAGAGGAUCAUAGAGUCUCCUCCUCAUUCCAAGGAUGUUCCGAGUUCUUCAACCCCUGCUCCGACUUCCUCUUCGGCUCCUCCUCCCGGUCCUGGUGACGUUCCUCCUGGUGGUGGUGAUUCCUCUGCAGCUUCCAAGAAAUGA